AUGGACACCGUGGUGAACAGCGUGGGGGAAAGCGUAUGCUUCAUGAAGAGUGCACUUCAGAACCCGACGAACAAGAACAUCUCGUUGCUGGAAACCACUGCGAGUGCCGCACGCAAGAUGGCGCAGAAGGAGGCGGGCUUCUACCGCACCAUGGCCGAGAGCAAUUUUGUCCACAGUCCGGACUGCGUACUUUCUAUGUCCGUCGACGGUACAAAGCGCGUGCACCCAGCACUUGGUGUAAUCCGCUUGGACUACAACUAUCCAGCGGCUGUUGGAGAUAUCGCCCACUCUGGCUCGUUUACGGCCUUUAUCGCAGGGGUCAAGUACCUCGUGCAGGCGAAGAAGGUCUGCGCCAUCACGGGCGACUGUGGCUUCAUGAUGCACUUCCAAGAGUUUGCUUCCUUGCUCACCCGAGUCCCCGUGUUUCUCUCCUCGUUGUGCAUCUUGCCUGCGAUCAAGGCCGCUUACGGACCCAGCCAGCAAAUCGCAAUCUUCACGGCCAACAAGGCAACGCUGGAGCCAAUGCGCGAACUGAUCGAAAGAACGUGCGCUGUGCAAGUUGGAGAGGAGCGAUUCGUCAUUGUGGACUGCAAGGAUGUGCCGGGGUUUGAGGCCGUUGAGCGAGGCGAGGCGGUGGAUACACUGAAGGUUGAGCCAGGAAUGGUCGAACUGGCGAAGCGCGUGGUCUCGAAGCACCCUGUCGUCGCUAUUCUGAUGGAGUGUACCGAGCUGCCACCGUACUCGGAUGCCGUGCGCGCGGCCACUGGCUUGCCGGUGUGGGACGCGCUUAGCUGCUGCGACUUCUUUGUCGGCAGCAUGAAGGACAACGACCGUUGUGGCAUGGCCGAUUGGCAGGAGGAGUGGGACAGGGAACAAGACUGGUACAA